GCCAAACAGGGCCAUCAACAGUAGUAAUCGCAGUGGCUUAAACUCUGGAACCUUUUUGCUCAGCUUGGCGCAAAAUUCACGCUUGGUAGGAUACAUGGCUUCUACAAGUAAAGCGCCGCUACAGACCAGAAAUUUACCAUGGGUUGAAAAAUACAGACCACAGACACUUGAUGAUCUGAUUUCACACAAAGAUAUUCUGAGCACUAUCCAAAGGUUUAUCAGUGAGGACAAGCUUCCACACCUUUUGUUCUACGGCCCACCUGGAACAGGAAAAACCUCAACCAUACUCGCUUGUGCCAGGCAGCUGUACAAAGAGAAGGAGUUCAACUCUAUGGUGUUGGAGCUCAAUGCAUCUGAUGACAGAGGUAUUGAUGUAGUACGAGGUCCCAUUCUGAGUUUUGCCAGCACCAGGACCAUCUUCAAGAAGGGCUUCAAGUUGGUGAUACUGGACGAGGCCGAUGCCAUGACCCAGGAUGCCCAAAAUGCAUUGCGUCGAGUCAUUGAGAAGUUCACAGAAAACACUCGAUUCUGUCUCAUUUGCAACUACCUUUCCAAGAUCAUCCCCGCCCUGCAAUCUCGCUGCACCAGGUUCCGCUUUGGUCCGCUUUCGCCAGACCAGAUGAUCCCUCGGUUGGAGCACGUUAUCCAGCAGGAGAAUAUUGACAUCACGCCUGAUGGAAUGAAGGCUAUCGUGACCUUAUCAGCGGGUGACAUGAGAAGAUCGCUCAACAUACUGCAGAGCACCAGUAUGGCCUAUGGGAAUGUCACAGAAGACACAGUGUACACCUGCACAGGGCACCCCCUCCGCUCAGAUAUAGCCAACAUCCUCGACUGGUGCCUCAACAAAGACUUUACUUCAGCGUACAACCAAAUCCUUGAGCUGAAGACUUUGAAAGGUUUGGCUUUGCAUGAUAUUCUCACUGAGGUUCAUCUGCUUGUACACAGAGUGGAUUUUCCUCCCGCUAUUCGGAUUAGUCUGCUCAUCAAGUUGGCCGACGUAGAACAUCGGCUUGCAUCGGGAACCAGCGAGAAGAUCCAGCUGAGCUCCAUGGUUGCAGCUUUCCAGGCAGUGAGAGAGCUCGUGGUCAGCGAAGCACCUUAGAUACAGUAAUGCA